UUUUUUUUUUUCUUGUUGUGGCUACAUCGAAGGAGGGUGAGGAGGAGACAGAUUUAGCUUCCUCCUUCACCAAUAGGUUGUGCCAGCAGGAGCUUCGCAAAAGUGUUACCGCCAAAAAAUCCAUGAGCUUCAUGAUCAGUGGUUUGCUUUCGCUGUCGAGGAGUGAUGUUGAGGUUGCGCGAAAUGGUUUGAUCCUUUGAAGGCCAGUGCCACGGCAUUCUUGCCAACAAAACAUUGGAUAUCUAUGAGGUGCAUCCUUUGCGAUAUUCAUGUGAAGGGUUUAAGUCAGGUUGUGCAAGUGUGCAGUAUGUGCGCUGAGAUGGGUACAGCAACAAGGUGCAGCAUGUGUGUCCCGUCCAGUUAAUUUAUUAAGCAAAACAUGUGUGUUCGACAGGGCAG